CUAGGUAAGAGCUGAACAGGGAGCACAGUCAAACACUGUACUCCAGCAGGCUGGAGCAAGUGAGAGCAACCUGGCAUCAUAGACUAUCCAAAAAAAGUUCAGUUCAAAUCAAGUAUCAGGAGCUAAAUAGGCAUAAUGUGACACAAAUGUGAUUAAAGUUAUUUUGUAGAUAAUAUAAAGUCUAUUUUGAGGAGGGUUUUUUUAAAUGGCAACAGGAGAAAUCGGGUCUGCUCUGCUUCAGUAAAGUGCGUUUUUCUUCGACUUUGUACAAAGGAGUAUCUGUCCGCUCUGCUACAGGUGGAUAACUGCGCUCAGGUAAUGUAACACGAAACUGAAGCAUGUGACCAAUGGCGAUUUGAGGAGUAGACGGAAAGAACCGCUUACAAAAUACACCAACUGGUAGUGUGGUACAGGAUCUAGUCUAGUAGCCUAUUUCAGUAACACGGUUUUUGUCUUCAUCUGUUACCUGUCAUUUUCACUGGACUAAACCAUUUGUUGCAGUUUCAUUUUUGACAAGGUGAGGCGGAAGCAAUAUGGUUCAUCCGUAAAAUCAACCUGUUCGACGUUUCCCGUUUUGCUUCGAUCACCUGAAAACAGCCUGAAGGAUUACUGACAAUAAUGUGUCUUCAGCUGUUCAAGGGGGGCAAUAAAUAAAAUGAAUGCUGGACCUAAUGAAAUGGAACUCAGCUGAUACCCCAAAGUCCCAGUCUGCCCUCACUUGGCCCUGCAGGUCACAGGUAGAGAUGGCAGCAUGUCCCGAUGUGCUGGCCAUACCUGGAGUUGUGGUUGGGAGUGUUUUACUGCUGGUACUGAGCAGUAAUCCUGUGUGGGGGAAUUAUACUAUUCUUGAAAGUGACACCCGUUUUAAUAACACUGCUGGCCCUAACAUUGCAGCUAUCGUGGCCCCUACGGUCAUCCUGGGUGUUCUGGCCAUAGCCUUGGCUGUUCUCGCCUGGCUCCUCUGCAUGGUGAAAAAGAAGAGACAGACUGAAGGGACAUAUAGACCCAGUGCUGAGGAACAGUCUGGUGCAAGCAGCGUGGCGACACCAGAUGCACUAAAGUUACCAAAGGAGGAAAGACUCAUUUGAGAUUUUGUGCUUCAUGUUUGUACAAAAGGACACAGGCUGCAAACAUUUGCAUGGCAGCGUGCCUGUGUGACGAGGCUCUCUACUUUGAGCUGAUCAGUGAAAGAAAAAUCUCCCUACGUUUAAGAGAGGACAGGUUGCCAAGUUUGAGACAUCAUAACGCGAUGCAUUUACUCACUGCUUUCAUUUCAACAAGCCCUGAAUGGUUCCUGCAUGGCACUAUAAAGAAAAGCACCUGGAUGUAUGGAUGUAGCAGAUUUUAAGAACAUCUGAACAUUUCAAGGAGGUUUUGAACAUUUUUUCUGAGCAAAUGAAACAGUAUUUUAUCACCACUAAUAAUUUUAGUUUAGAGAUGUUUUUCUUGUUUCAGUUGCCUUGAUAUACCAUUUACCAUGUACAUGUACUUGAUUUAAUUCAGUCUAUUAUGAAAUACUGUCACGGGCAAAAUCUGUACGAUCUUUUACCUCAGAUUUUUGCCUCUGAGAGUCCUGAUGAGCCAGAUUGAGACAGAUGUUUAUUAGCCUAAUAAAUGUAAUUAAAAAUCA